UAAAAAAACACGUGAAAGGGCUACGCCCAUCAAGAAAAAUUCAGUACACAAGGCAAAGAUUAUCCAGGGCUAAAAGAAUGGCUAAGCCUGCUUCUAAUGGAAGUAAUGAUUCGUUUGAGGACCUCUCCUCACCUCCAACGAGGGACUCAAGAAGCACCACAGUUUCUGUGGAUGAUUCUGAGACUUGGGUAGAGGCAAAGAGAUACACUGUCUACAAAGUAGUGAUCAGGCUGGAGGACAGAUCGUACUUUUUGUUCAGAAGGUACAACGAGUUCAACGACCUUUAUGACAAAAUUAAGAAGAAUUAUCCGUCUGAGGCUGGAAUAUUGAAAUUGCCGGGGAAGAGAUAUUUGGGUAACAAUUUUGCUCCGGAGUUUAUCAAAGGACGUCGUGUUGGACUACACGAUUUCAUCAUCAACCUUAUGAAGAUCCCCAACAUCUUAGAGUUUCCCCCAGCACGGGAAUUCUUGGCUAUAGAUGACCAGCGUUCGGCCCUUCCCAUCUACGACAAUGAGACCAUCGAUGAGCCCGCUGAACGAGGGGGCGUGGCAGAAGCAGACAGGGUAGAGCUUGGAGAGAAAGAAAACACCACGGCUCAGAUCACUGACCUCGACUUACUGAAAGUUAUUGGAAAAGGAAGCUUUGGAAAGGUCUACCUGGGCCGUCACAAGGGAACCGGUGCCUUCUAUGCCAUCAAAGUCCUUCAAAAGAAAGCAAUUGUCAAACGCAACGAAGUCAAACACAUCAUGGCCGAGAGGAAUGUUCUCUUAAUGAACGUGACUCAUCCGUUCCUAGUCGGACUACACUACUCAUUUCAGACAAGCACGAAGUUGUAUUUUGUACUGGACUACGUGAACGGUGGGGAGCUCUUCUUUCAUUUGCAAAGAGAGAGAGUUUUCGAUGAGCCCAGAGCAAGGUUCUAUGCUGCUGAGAUCAUAUCUGCCCUGGGCUACCUACAUCGGCUCAACAUCAUCUAUCGAGAUCUCAAACCAGAGAACAUCCUACUAGAUUCAAAGGGCCACAUCAUACUGACAGAUUUCGGGCUAUGCAAAGAAAAUUUGAGUUUCGGCGAAACCACCUCCACAUUUUGUGGUACCCCGGAGUAUCUAGCUCCGGAAGUACUCAGAAAACAGCUGUAUGGUCGGAGCGUCGACUGGUGGUGUCUGGGUGUGGUCACAUACGAAAUGCUGUAUGGGCUCCCACCGUUUUAUUCUCGUGAUGUUGCUCAAAUGUACGACAACAUUUUGCACAAACCUCUUCAGCUACGACCGCAUAUUACUCCAAGUGCACGAAACAUGCUCGAAGGAUUGCUACAAAAAGACAAGAACAUGAGACUAGGCUCUGGGAUAGGCGACGACGAAGACAUCAAAGCUCACCCAUUUUUCCGGUCAAUAAAUUGGGACGACCUGUUGAACAAGAGAUUGGAGCCUCCGUUUAACCCUCGAGUAAAGGACGCCUUCGAUCUCAAAAAUAUUGACUCGGAGUUUACAAAUGAGGCUAUUUCGGACACACCCUCUCCUCCGAAGCACGGGACAGUGGGCGUGUCCGUGAGUGUGGCUGACGAUACAUUUGCUGGAUUCUCGUACGUGCCCUCGACGCAACCGGAACUGACUUAAUUCUUUAAACUACUAUUAUAGUGCUUAUAAAUGUACCCAAAACUCGUGUGUGUGUGUGUGUGUGUGUGUGUGUGUGUAAAAGUUAAAAUUAAUAAUUUGUGGUUUUCUAA